CUGAAAAAAAAAAUGGUCCAACACUCCAACUAAAGUGAAAAGCGGUUAAAGCGGUGGGCGAUGGUGUUUUUGGUUCAGCCGCGGAUUUGGGAGAAGAGUGAGAAGGACCGCUUGUAAGGAAAACCCUACCAUUCCGAUUCACUUUCCGGCGCCGACAAGGCCGUUGCUUGUUCUCUUGCCGCUUCUGCUGUUGAUGUUUGAUAUCUUCUCCGGUGGUGAUGGUCGUCGGAGAGGAGGGAUCAUUGGCAUUUUCGCGGAGGCCGGGGAGGCGGCGGCGGCGGCGGCGGAUUUUGGGGUACUUCCUCAUCUAGUGUUGGAUUGCCGGCUUCCAAUGUCGGAAUAGCUAUCGUCGUGACGGCCAUGGCCGGUCUCGCCUUGGCCGCCACCGUCGUCUACUCCCGUAGGUAAAGAAAACAAAAACAAAAAUUCUAAAACAAAGAUGGGAUUUUUUUACGCGGUGGUCGAAAUCUGUACGUCAUCUUCGUUUGCAAUUGAAGUAAACCCUAGAUGAAUAGCUGGAAAAGGAAAAGGACUCGAUCAAUGAAUUAAUCGUCGUUAACUGAAAAAAGAAGUAGGCUUAGGGAUAGGUAAAUAGGUGUAGAUGUUGAUGAUGCAAGAUAAACCGUUGAUGAGAGCACUGCGGCGGAGUCACACUUCAUUUUUCUCGAAUACUCCUUCUCCUUCUCCUUCUUCAUCACGGCCGUCCACGCCAUCUUCUUCUUCGUCAUGGGUCCAUUUCAGAUCGGUUUUAUUAGUCGUUGCCUCCUCCUCUUCUUCGUCUUCAUCCUCACCAGUUUCCGCAGAUCGGGGAAGCCUAAAAUCACCAUGGUCUAGGAGGAGAAGGAAACAUGGCCGCUGCAGAAACAGUGGAAGAGUUUUCUUCGACACUGAUGGUAGGCUGUUAGAUGGGGGUGUUAAGUUUUUGAAGAAAGCAGCAGGAGUGGGUAUGUUUAUCACUUCCAUCUAUAAAAAUAGUGAUGCCUUCAAUGCAGCACUGGAAUUUUCUGCCUUUGUAGUAGCUUUAUCGAAAUUGAAGUUUCCUUGUGCAUCUGCUUGUUGCUCUGACUUUGAGUUUGGUAUUUGUGUUCAAGCAGGGGUGUUGACCCAAAUAUACGGGCAGAGUUGGCCUUUCCUUCUUGGAGUCUAUGACUUGAAUAGUACAGAGGAAGAAAGAAAUUCCAUUAAAGCUCGAAACGAGUAUGUCAACCUGCGAAGACAGUGCCAACAACUUUUAAGUAGUAGUGAUAAGAGCUUCAAGUCGAAGGAAACUUCUGGAAAUGACAGCAAUGAGGACUCUGGUGAUUUUAGUCAAGUUGGGCAUUCCCGAGGUCUAGAAGAUGUUAGUGCUGCUGCUCUUAAAGCGGACAAUUUGUUGGGGGGUCAGGACAGUGAUGAAGUUGCUGAUACUCUUAAAGCGGGCAAUUCCUUGGUUGAGCAUGAUGGUGAUCAUAGUGGAAUUGCCAAUGAGAACGCUUCUGAACCUGAAACAGCGUCAACUGAUUCUGAAUCUUCUGAAGACCCUGAGGAGACACAGCCUUUCUUUGCUCAGGAAGGAACAGAAAAAAGCUAUAUUGAUGAGGGUUCUGAAUGUUGUCAUCACAAGUCAGCUGGUACCUUGCAACCCCCUGCAUCUGAAGAUUUUGCAACGUGGCAAAGGAUCAUACGCCUUGAUGCUGUUCGGGCAAAUGGUGAAUGGGUUAUUUAUUCACCUUCCCAGGCCUCGGUAUCCGAGGUCAAGGCACGGCGAUUGGCUGAGAGUGUUGGACUAAAGGAUUAUGAUCAUCUGGAGCCUUGCAGGAUUUAUCAUGCUGCUCGCCUUGUUGCCAUCCUAGAAGCUUAUGCAUUAUAUGAUUCUGAGAUUGGUUAUUGUCAGGGGAUGAGUGAUUUACUUUCUCCAAUUAUCUCUGUGGUAGAGGAGGAUCAUGAAGCCUUCUGGUGCUUCGUGGGUUUCAUGCGAAAAGCUCGGCAUAAUUUCCGUCUUGAUGAGGUGGGGAUUCGUAGACAGUUGAACAUUGUGUCAAAAAUAAUAAAAUGCAAAGAUUCACAUCUGUACAGGCAUUUGGAAAAACUUCAGGCAGAGGAUUGCUUUUUCGUGUACAGAAUGGUGGUUGUUUUGUUCAGAAGAGAGUUAAAUUUUGAGCAGACCCUUUGCCUCUGGGAGGUAAUGUGGGCAGAUCAGGCAGCUAUCAGGGCUGGAAUAGCAAAAUCUGCGUGAAGGUUGAGGAUGAGGGCCCCUCCAACAGAGGAUUUACUUCUUUAUGCCAUAUCAGCCUGCGUGUUGCAAAGAAGGAAGCUGAUCAUUGAGAAAUACAGUAGUAUGGAUGAAAUUAUGAGGGAAUGCAACAGCAUGGCUGGGAAUCUGGAUGUUUGGAAGCUUUUGGAUGAUGCUCAUGACUUGGUGGUGAACCUCCAUGAUAAGAUAUAGGACACUCUUACUGUCUUAGAAUAAUUUUCACGUUUUGUUACCCUUUUAGUUGAUGUUCCUCGUCCCUUUAACCUCAACCCGCUCCCACCUUUACAAGAUCUUGCUGCUGGCUUGUUGCUUCUUGUGAGAAAUGCCUUCUUAAAGCAGGGUAUUCACCUUUCGUUCAUUUUCGGAUGCUAGUUAUUUAUAGCCUUAUAGGCAGUUGUUGUGUUGAGUAAAUUAUGAAAUCAUGGUGUAUUGCCUGCAAUCUGGGCACUGACUUGCUGACUGAAGUGGCGAUCUACCAAGCUUAGUUGUUUGAAAUGAUUCGCGGGUCUCAAGUACAAAAUCAUGUAUACUUGAGCAUUUAGCUCACCAAACACUAGUUUUGUGCAUUCAUUGGCAGUGGUCUUGCUCUC